AUGGUACAAGCAAGUAAAUCAGAUACUGAUGAAAGUGAGAGGCCUCCAGAAUGGACAGAAGCAAAAUCAGAAAAGGACUCCAUAGAAAUGCCUGCAGACACAGGUGAAGAGGACUCUGUUAGUAAUAUGUCAGAAGACCUACAGGUUGCAGAUAUAAAGAAAGUUUCUGAUUCAGAUGAUGUUACUGUAAAUGCUACUCCAGAGAAUCGGGCAGCUCUGCAUAUAACGAAAGAAACAGCUGUGACAAAAAUCCUUGAAGAUGAGGGGGACUUUGCCAACUCCACCCCAGCAGCUCUGGAAGCUACACAAAUAAAGAAGGAGACAAUUGACAUAGAUGAUGAUUCUAUAAGCACUACCUCAGAAGACAGAUCUUGUACACCAGUAGCAAAACGGAUGGUCGGGACAGACAGUCACAUUCCCUUGGAAGAAGCACAAAAUCACUUUAAAGUUAUUACAGUUAAUGAUACUGGAGCAGGAAAACACUGGAGUGAUAAUGAAGUUAGAGCCCUGAUAAACAUAUGGUCGGAUGAAAAGAUCCAACAAAUGCUUGAAGGGGCCACAAGAAAUAAAGAAAUAUUUGAGGAAAUUGCCAGAAGGUUAAUGAAACGUGGCAUAGACAGAGACUGGAAACAAUGUCGCACAAAGUACAAGAACCUAAAAUAUGAAUACCGUGCACUGCAGAAGGAGAAUGAGCACCUUGGAAAUCCGAGGAGAAAAAUGAGAUUUUAUGAUGAAGUUGACUGUAUCUUAAGAAGACAACCUCUGGGUCCCUCAGCUUGGGGAUGUGAAAGCUCAAGUCUCCUAUCAGUUUCAGUGGGAGAUGUUACAGCACACACAGGAUCCCUGAGUAUCAAGAGAAAAACAUGGAAUGAUGAGGUGUCCCCUGUUCCACUUAAGAAAAGUGCUUCUGAAAACACCAUACUCCACUUCCAAAAGCUAUUCACAGAGAGAGUGCACACAGUAACAGAAGGCAAAAAGUUACUGUUAGAAAGGCUUUGUAAGCAGGAAGAAAUGCAAGACCUCAACAGAACACAGCUGUAUGCUGAUCCAUCAGCCAUACAACAGGUUGGUUUAAUGAACUUUCUAUGAAAUUAGCAUGCAAAUAGAUUCUCUCAGGUACUAAGAAAUUAAAUACAUAUUUAUGAGUGUAGGUUACCCACAUGAGUACGUGCCUGCUUCCGUUUCAUAUAGUCACUGUCAGUCAUUUAAACUAAACCAAGGUAUGAGUUCCCAUCAUAAUCCUUAACUAUGAGCUGACAUGACCAGUCAUGUCAGUCAGUCUAAGAAAAGAU